ACCGGGGGUCACAGUCCAGCAGGACUGAGGGCCAUGGGGAAGCGGGGCUGGGGGUCGCCGUGCAGGAGGGCUGAGGGCCCUGGAGCAUCGGACAUCGGGGGAGGCCGGGAGGCAGCGGUCCUGGGGUUCCAAAACGGUAGGGCCGGGGGCCGUGGGGCAGCGGCACUGGGGGCACAGCACAGCGGGGCUGGGGGCCAGGGUGACUCUAGUACCGGGGGGGCCGAGCUACCCCGGGGUAGAGGGGCUUGGGGAGUCAGGGCGUGGGGGGCCAAGAGACCCUUUGAGUCCCCCGUGUCCCAACCGGCUCCCCCACCCCGGCCAUCUAUUUAUAUCGCUCUAGGCCCCGCCCCUCACGUGUCUCACCAAUCAGCGCGGGGGUCGCGCCCAAGCACCACCCCCUCUGCGCGGGGCGGGGCAGCGGCGGGCGGGUACACGUGGGGACCGACUGCGCAUGCGCGCGGUGUGAGCGGCGCGGGGGGGCGACACCGAGACCGGGGGUACGAGGGGGGACAUCGGGACCGGGAGUGCCACCGGGAGGACCCAGGAACGGGGAUCGAGACCGGGGGCCACUGGGGGGAACCAUCGACACUGGGUGCGGCCCCCGGGGCUCAGCAUGGCGGGCCGGGGCCGCGGCCGGGGCCGGGGGCAGAUGACGUUCAACGUGGAGGCCGUGGGGAUCGGCAAGGGGGACGCGCUGCCCCCGCCCACGCUGCAGCCCUCGCCCCUCUUCCCGACAUUGAGCGCUACUCAGACAAGUACCAGCUCUCCAACCCUGUGGACAGUGCCAUCGACUGGAACCCAGACUGGAGGCGGCUCCCACGGGAGCUGAAGAUCCGGGUGCGGCGGCUGCGGAAAGGCAGGACCGCUCCCCUCGUCCCCAAGCAACACGUGGCACUCGACAAGGAGGAGACUAUUAAGAAGCUAGAGAGCCUGGAGAAGAAGGAGGAGGAGGUGACGUCAGAGGAGGAAGAGGAGAAGGAGGAGGAAGAAGAGGGAAAGGAGGAGGAGGAGGAGGAGUACGAUGAGGAGGAGCACGAAGAGGAGACUGACUACGUCCUGUCCUACUUUGAUAAUGGAGAGAGCUUCGGCCCUGAUAGCGACGAUAACGGCGACGAGGCAGUGUACUGACCCCGCGAGCGGGUACCUGCGAGAGCCUGCACCCCGUAGGCUGUGGGGACCCUCCUGCAGCAGCGGGAACACCUUGAAAGCGGGGACUCCCCCACACUUCUCCCACAGCAGGGACCCUUUGCCCCUCCCACAGGACAGGGAGGACCCCCUCACCUCCCCAGGACAGUGGGGACCCCCUCUCGCCCCUCUUUGGGGCAGCGGGGUCUCCCGUCAUCCCCCGCGCGCCGCCACCAGGUGGUGCCGGUGGGCCGGGCCCUCGGGGGGGGGCGUGACCAUGCCCGGGGC